AUGCCCACCAUCGUCGUGUUCCACAACCUGCUGCUAGUCGGGUGUCUUGUGGCAGCAGCGCUUCGACUCCACUUCACAGCUCGCCACUUGAAAAUCAUCGUGGUGGAGGCUCUAGAGACAUCGCUUACUCGGCAACCGUACUGUGGCAUCAGCACAAUCUCCAACGGGAAGCUCCAUCAUCGAGAGUUCAUGCAGAGAGCAUUGUUGCAAGGCGUAUUGGCGAGAUCGGUGACGUACCUCGACUCAAUUCACAUUUCUGAGUGCUCUGCUCUGCGGCAUCCCGAAUUUCCCAAUGCUCAACACAUUUUUCGGGCCAGAGUUGGGCUGCCAAAUCAAUUCUUUGCAUUGGUAUACCACCCGCAAGAGCUUCUACGCUCGCUUCGCCUGUCGCUUUCGCAGGAUCCUCUGGUGACGUUUCUCUCGGUGGUAGACCCCUCGUCUGUGGGCGCCAUACAAGCAGACUGCUACAUAAUCUUUACGCCUGGAGAGAACAACAACAAGAGAGACAAUUUGGAUAUGGCUGCUCACUCGUCCUUAUGCUCUGUGGAGCUCGUCCAGCGCCACAGAAGAGCACAAAUGCCACCGAUGUUGUGGCUCCCAUCCUUCAAAGCAGCGACCCAGAUGUUCGACGCUAUAUUCACCAGUGCUAUUUCGCCAACUUCAAAGGGAGUCAACGUAGACAUACAUGCUAUCAAUUUGAACAUCGACGAGAACAAGUUCGCGUCACGGUACGACUUGAACCACGGCUUGAAGGCGUGUGACUAUGUGCUUCAGCUCGUGGAUUCCCUCGCCACAUCUCUUGGCUUGGUCUCCGUUCAUCUAUAA